CACCAGAAAAGGUCGUGGUGGUCGAGUGAAGCGAAUGCGGAUAACAUUUUCAUCGCAGGUAUGUGCAGUGCAGUGCAGUGCAGUGCAGUGCAUGCGAAGCGAAACAGAGAGUGAGAAGAGGUUAAGCAAGCACAGUGGUAGUAUCUUUAGCAAGUAAGAUCUUAAUCUGACUAGAGUAGCAAGCGAAACCAUAUGGCGGGGACGCUACUGACGCCGGUGAAAGCUCAAAUUCUCUUAUUAUCAUCGCCCACCAAUCUCCAACUUACCCAGACUUCCAAGCGUCGCUACCCACUACCUCUGCCUCUUCAUGUCCACCACUAUCGUGAAACGCUGGCCACGUCCAAACGUCGCCGCUGUCGCAUUUCCACAUCUUGCUCUGCCGCUACGCCCACCUCCGUCCCCUCCCAACCCCCACCGACGCCACCUCCAGAUCGGGGCGAGAGUGAUGAUACCGAUACCGGAUUAGAUGCUGAACGGAGGAAAGCGCCGGAGAUACGAACGCUCUUCCGGAGAUUCUGGAAAGUGGCUGCUCCCUACUGGUUCUCAGAAGACAAGGCCGAAGCGCGAUUGCAGCUCGCAGUCGUCUUCGCUCUAACCUUGGGUACCACAGGCAUCAGCGUUGGCUUCAACUUCCUCGGCCGGGACUUUUACAAUGCUUUAGCUAACAAGGAUCAAGAGCAGUUCACCAAGCAACUAGUUUACUAUUUGGGAGCCUUUGCGGGAGGAAUACCGUUCUUUGUGCUGAGAGACUACGCUAGAGAAGUUCUUGCUUUAAGAUGGAGGUCUUGGAUGACAAAGCAUUACUUGCAACGGUAUCUGAAACACAGGCUAUUUUACAAAAUCCAGUCUCAGUCCAUCAUUGAUAAUCCAGAUCAGCGCAUCGUAGAUGACCUAAGUUCCUUCACUGGGACUGCUCUUUCCUUCUCAUUGGCUCUAUUCAAUGCUGCUGUUGACUUGAUAUCAUUUAGCAACAUCUUGUAUGGAAUUUAUCCUCCUCUCUUCAUCGUCCUCCUUGUAUAUUCUGUUGGCGGAACUGCUAUUAGUGUUUAUCUUGGAAAGGAACUGGUCUCUUUAAAUUUCAUGCAAGAGAAGAAAGAAGCAGAUUUUCGGUAUGGACUUGUCCGUGUUCGAGAAAAUGCUGAAUCGAUUGCUUUCUAUGGAGGUGAAGAAAACGAAAUGCAACUUUUGCUGCAGCGCUUCCGAAGUGCCUUUGAAAAUUUAACACAACUGUUGAUAUCUUCAAGAAAUCUAGAGUUCUUCACCAACGGCUAUAGAUACCUGAUUCAGAUUCUUCCAGCUGCUGUUGUUGCGCCUAUGUUUUUCUCUGGAAAAAUUGAAUUUGGUGUCAUUAACCAAUCUGUAUCAGCCUUUAACCAUAUCCUUGGAGAUUUUUCCCUUAUUGUGUACCAGUUCCAGUCCAUCAGCGCAUUCUCAGCUGUCAUUGAUCGCUUAGGUGAGUUCGAUGAUCUAUUGGAUGGCAUUAGCUCAAAGUCUCUCUUGGAAACCCAAGAAGAGAUCACGGUUGAGUACUCCCCAGCCAGAAGUUCGAUAUCUCAGGAAGCUAACGGGUCUGUCUUGAAGGGCCAGUGUCAAAAUUUACUAGUUGUGAAGAACCUGACUUUGCAAACUCCAAGAAGUAAAGCUACAUUGAUUAAGAACUUGUCAUUGAUUGUGAACAAAGAUGAUCAUUUGUUGGUCAUGGGACCGAGUGGGAGUGGUAAAACUUCGUUGUUAAGAGCACUGGCUGGUCUUUGGAAUUAUGGGAAAGGUGAAGUUAUCUUCUGUGAUGGUGAUGGGGAAAAUACUGAGGCACUUACCUCUUCAGGAAUAACAGGUAUCCAAGGAAGUAGUCUCAUGAAGAGAAACCAAAGGAGCAUACUUUUCCUUCCUCAAAGACCAUAUAUGGUUUUGGGAACACUACGCCAGCAAUUGCUUUAUCCCACAUGGUCAGAUGGCGGGAUUUCAGUAGCCAAGGAUACUGAAUCAGCUGGUUUAGUUGGCUCUUGCUUCUGUUACCUUUAUUGGACCUAGGGUCUGGUUAGUUAAGGGAGAGCAUUACAAUGGCAUGUAGGAAGCAAGCAAUGACCGAGAUCUGUGAAGAAGUCUAACAGAGUGGAAGCUCAUCAUUCUUGUAGUUUAAUCAUGUCUGAUUGCUGAAUACUUACUGGAAAAGAGUGGAGGAGCGUUAGAACUAAAGCUGAGAAAUGAGGGAUGGGUUUAUUUAUUAUGGACAGAUUCAGCAACUUUGUCGUUGAUUGGGAAGCCCUGCUCAGAAGAAGGUGGUGGUGGUAGGAAGCCAAGCACAGAGGACUUGAUAGAAGUUCUAGAGAGAGUGCGUCUGAGCUAUGUAUUGUCACGUUGCGGUAACUUAGACUCGACACAUGAGUGGUCUAGCGUGUUGUCCCUUGGUGAGCAGCAGCGGCUUGCUUUUGCACGAUUGCUACUUUCAAAACCCAAGCUGGUUUUGUUGGAUGAGUCUACUAGCGCCUUGGAUGAAGCCAAUGAGGGUCAUCUUUACGAGGAGAUAAGAGCGGCUGGUAUAACAUAUAUUAGUGUAGGCCACAGGCGAACUCUGUUAAAGCAGCAUACGAGGGUCUUGCAUAUUGCCGCUGCAGCAGAAAAUGCAAGCAACAAUCAGGAAUGUGAUUGGCGUGUUGAGUCCAUCAGUUCGGUGGCCAUCUGAUAUGAUUAUAAGGAGAAGCAUCCGUACGUGUCCCUAUUUCAUGCAUGCUAGGCUACUGUACUAGAGCUAUAUGAGCUAGGAAGGAAUCCUGGCGAUCACCCAGGCGGAUUUCGGCCUGACUAAUACUCUCGGACGCUUGAAUAUUUUCGUACUGCUGAACUAUUAAAUUUGACGGGGUGCCCAAAAAUAUUUAUGGGUCCAAUAUAUGCGUGCGCUCUAUCCUAUAAAACCACAAUCUAUUUUUACCGUGAUAAAUCUAC